AUGUCUAGAAGGUGCUUUUGGGUCGCAUACGACAUUGAUCGUGUUGCAGCUUUUACCCUCGGUCGACCAGUAGGUAUCCCGGAUGAGUUGAUCGAUGCAGAGCUUCCCAUGGAUAUUGAAGACGAGAAUAUUACUCACAGUGGCCUGUUGGCGAACCCCCGUGCUACCGGUGACCAGGUGCCAACAAUCAUGACAGGCACUCUUCAUGUUAUCAAGUUGAGGCAACUAUGGGCAAAAUUCCAUGCCACUCUCUAUUCGCCUCAAUUACAAUACGCCAGUACGGGUAGCCAAUUUGCCACUGUUGACACUCUGCGCCAAGAAUUGGAAGAAUGGCAUGCAUCAGCUCCCACACACCUGGACUAUUCAUCCUCUCAUCCUUUAUCGGUGUUUGCAUCAAAUGAAUGGUUCCAAAUUGCCUACAAUCAUUCAAUUCUGAUUCUUUAUCGCUCACAUAUCACUAGAAUUCUGGGUGAACGACAGGCAUCUGGCCCAAACGAGUCGAACAGCACCGACUUCAUUGAAGAGGAAGAGGACCUCCAAAGAGCAUUCGAAAAUUGCUCCCGCUGUGCCCGUGAAAUAUGCGUGCUGUAUCGUCGGCUAUACCAGGAAUCAAGUGUUCAAUUCACUUGGGGAAGUCUCCAUAUUCUGUUCCUUGGCGGGUUGACAUAUUUGUAUUGUCUCUGGCGGUCAUGGCGAAUACGCCAGCAGACUAAGCAGAGCGAGAUAUUAAAUACAUGUAUGGCCUGCACAACAGUCUUGGUCAUUAUAGCUGAGCGGUGGAACUUGGCCACAUCGUAUCGCGAUAUCUUCGAAACACUCUCUGAGAAAACCAUCAACAUGAUCUGCGGAAAUGAUAAGCUUGCUGGACCAGCCCCUCCACAGUCACAAUGGACUGCCCCUUAUGACAAUCUCCUUUCCCCAAGAGACUGGAGUUUGGGCUUUGAUGAUUUAUCCAUGCCUCAAGGUUCCGACUGCUUACCAUACAAGAAUCGUUCAAUCGUCACUAAAAUGUCUGAGCUAUCUGUUGAAGGCCAAGAGUCGAAGGCAGUCCCCUGCUACCACGACCACCCUCCGCAAUACGACUCAUACUAUGGAAGCCAAGACUUACUCACCUCUAUCAUUGAGAACGAGCAUACUGUCCGGAAAUUAGACAAACGGAUGGAUGAGUUGAACACAAAGAUAACGGAGAUAGCCAACAUAAGAGAGGAGCUGUAG